AGCUGAUGCUUUUGGUCUUGUUUCUAUUUGUUUAAAAGUGUGUUAGCAGUAAAUCAAGGUGCAUUUCCCCUGUAGGGUUUCCUGUAUGUCAAAGCCAUGUUAAUUCUCUUUGAUUUUCUUCCCUUAGCCCCAGCCAUUGCUGCAGAUCCUUCCUCUCUUUGUCCCUGUGGACAUCAAAGGAUUGCAAGGGGACAGCCCUGGAGAGAGGCUCCUCCCUGCUCAUUAGCCUCCAUAAAACAGGACCUCACCUUGGCUAGCUGUGCUUGGAGUCCCAUCCUCAUCCCAGGCACUCUUGACACUGGAUCCCUGGAGGAAAGGCUUUUGCUCACGUCGGCAACUCGGACCUGCUUUGGAAUUGGACUAUUUUGGCUCCCCUCGUAAGGAUUCUGGUGGCUCUUGUGGCUGUGCAGCUUCCUGGACUUCACAGUACAUGGAAAAAUGCAAGCGUUGCCAGACCUGAAAGCGCCGUGUGACGCUCUCCCUUCCCCCAGCCUGGAGCCCUACGCGCAGAGCUCCAUCGUGGUCACCCUGGAGGACAUGGGGCUCUGGAUGAAGUUUCACCAGAUAGGAACGGAGAUGAUCAUCACCAAAUCCGGCAGGCGAAUGUUUCCACAAUGCAAAAUCAAAGUCUCCGGCUUAAUCCCCUAUGCCAAGUAUCUCAUGCUGGUAGAUUUUGUACCAAUGGACAACUUCAGGUACAAGUGGAAUAAAGAUCAAUGGGAAGUGGCUGGAAAAGCAGAGCCUCAGCUCCCUUGUCGCACCUACGUCCACCCGGAUUCCCCAGCUCCUGGCAGCCACUGGAUGAAAGAACCUGUCUCCUUCCAGAAGCUGAAGCUCACCAACAACACGCUGGACCAGCAUGGGCAUAUCAUCCUGCACUCCAUGCACCGUUAUAAGCCUCGCUUCCACAUCGUGCAGGCAGAUGACCUCUUCAGUGUCCGCUGGAGCAUCUUCCAAGUCUUCAGCUUCCCAGAGACUGUCUUCACAUCUGUCACUGCUUACCAGAACGAGAAGAUCACAAAACUCAAGAUUGACAACAAUCCAUUUGCUAAAGGCUUCCGGGAGCAUGGAAAGAACACCCGAAGGGAAGGACGAGCCAAGUGCCAGAAAUCCAGUCCAGCCAAAAGCCAGAAGAGAAAGCUACCCGAGGAAAAGGAGCCCGGUGCUGAGGAACGUGGUAAUAUUGACUUCGGGAAAGAUGAGGACGUGGAUGUGAAGGAGGAGAGCAACCCCGUGGUGGUGAGCGGUGGCUUCCCCUUCUGGGUGGCGGAGCAGAGCGGCAGCCAGGCCUUUCCCGCGGCAUCGCCGGCCCCGGCCGACCCGCGCGACGCGCCGGCCAGGGAGCAGCAGGUGCCCACGCCGUCCUACCAGGCCUACCGGUGA